AUGGUGGUGUUGGAUGUAGUGAUAAUAGGGGGUGGUCCACAUGCCCUGACCCUGGCCAGUUUGCUGUCCAUCCCUUACCCUGAACCAAAUUCAGACCCUGCAUGUGGUUCAACCUUCACCCUCCCUGAGAGACCCCAACCAAAACAGGAGACAUCUAAGACAACCCGCACCAGGAACACGAACAGGAGGAGGGCAAAAGCUAGUAAGCUUACAAAAGAUAUCAAACAUCAUAAGGGAAUGUUCUGCCGCUUAUGCUGCCAACAUAAACUCCAAAAACCAGAGUGGCACAUCUACCUGCAGGCAGAUGUGCUGCCACAUAUGGCUCGACUCUCAAAGAUUUUUCAAAAAGAAAAUGUAAACUUCCUGGCCAUCAAAGAGCAGGUCCCAGUGACAAAGGUAUGCCUGAGGACCAUCAGAGAUGCAGCUGAUGAACAGCCCCCUGGCUCAUUCCUAGCCCGGAUCCAUGAGGACCUGGAUGACCCUGCAGGAUUAGGUGCCUUUAAUAUCACAGAUGAGAAGGAGAGGCAGAGGAGAAACAGAGGCCUUCAUUGUCAGCCGGUGGAGGACCAGCAAGUCCCACUGGUGGUCACAGAUGGGGUGUUCAGCCCGCCAUUAAGCCUCAGAGUGGUCGAUUCCUACGGAGAGUGGACUACUCUAUGGGAAAGCCAGUUCACAGCUCUGAACAUCCCUCACCUGCGCUCACACACACUUGUACACACUGAUCCCUUCAACAAGAAGGCAUUGCAGGAGUUUGUAGUUAAGCAUGACCGUAAAGCAGAACUUCACAGUCUUCCAGAUCAAAUUUACAUCCAGGACGACGAUGCAUUCUUCAAUGAUAUGAGGCUUGGCAAGAAAGAGAAAAGACGCCUGAAUAUAACCACGGCUCUUAAGAAGAAUUUAUCCUUCAGUCUGCCAGGAACCAAGCUUAGUGUGGAUUUCUUUAAAGAACAGGUGGAGAGAUACAGCCUGGACAGAGUGCUGGUAAAGGGGACAGUGGAUUCCAUUAUUCCUGUGAUGGAGGACGAGAAAGAGCAAGAAGAAGAGAAUAAUACACUGAAAUAUUUUCAAGUCCAACUUCAGGAGGGCAUCACACUAAAGGCCCACCAGGUUGUAAUGGCGACAGGUCCUACACGUGCCCAGAUGGCAAACAUCCCUCCCUGGGUGAGCUGCAUUGGAGAGAGCUACCCAGAAGAGCGGAUGCAACACACCGUGCACCUCAUGCAUCACCCAGCCAUAGCUCAGAAGCAACAUGAAGAGACAGAUGAUCAGAGACAGAUAGAAACUCCCACGCCAGUGUGUCAUCCAGGCCAGAGGGUGAUGGUAAUUGGUGGAGGGCUGACCAGUGCUCAUGUCGUAUCUAUUGCCCUCCAGCAAGGGGCAAGCCAUGUGACAUGGGUCAUGAGGAAGCACCUCCAGUUGAAACAGUUUGAUGUGGGUGAUGUGGAGAGCCUGGUUGGCCGUUACUCCCACGUGGAGCAUGGCAUCAAGAUGGAUGGUCGAGCAUACCUGCAACAGUUCUACAAUGAGAGAAGCCUCCACAGACGACUGGCCAUGAUCCGCCAAGCAAGAAAAGGUGGAGCAGUAACCCCAGAGGCCUACGUUCAUCUCCAGCCAUUCAUCCAGAGCGGGAUGGUGGAUGUUAAAGCAUACUGUCAGGUGAAUGACGCCAAAUGGUACUACAGGACCCAGACCUGGAGCCUGUCUCUCAGCAACGGGGAUAACUGGACAGGGGAUAUGAUAUGGCUAGCUACUGGCUGCAAAUUGGAUGUUAACCAGGACCCAUUGCUUUCUGGGGUCAUGAAAGAAUAUCCUAUUCAGGUGAUUGAUGGAUGGCCUUGUAUAACAGAAAGCUUACAGUGGGCACCAGGGUGCCCUCUCUACCUAAUGGGGCAGUAUGCUGCACUUCAGAUAGGGCCUCAUGCAGUGAACCUGGCUGGAGGGCAGGCAGCGAGCAUGCGUAUCGCAAAGGACAUCAUGCGCUGGCAUCAAAAGCACAAUGGAAAGUCUUCAGAGGAGACUUGGGAAAGACUGAAGACAGAUGAAUACAUUCAGCAGAUGCACGGACUUAUGUGGUUGUGA